AGAGAGAGAGUUUGUGUGUGAGAGAGAGAGAGAGAGGAGCCAUUUUGUCCCGACUGUGUGGGAGAAAAGAAAGAGUGGAAAAGAGGAAUCACACGGGAGGAGAUCCUAUUUUUGCUUUCUGUCCUCAUGCUGUAAGGGGGGAAAACAGUCGGGCUCGGGAAUUAUAACUUCUCGGACAAGUCAACGGACACGUUAUUUGGGUGGUAUUUAGCCAACUAGCUCGCCAAGCUAAUCAACAAAUCCCAGAUUGUUAACUGUUAACAGUCAAGAGGAGCGGGGCGGUUGGUCGGUUUGGCGAAGGAGCUGGCUUUAGACUUCACAUAGGAAGUGACAGGUUAUUCGUUUUUUUUGUACCUAUCUGGGUGAACACAAGCUAUUUUUCAAUGGCGAAGAAGACGUACGACUUGCUGUUCAAGCUGCUUCUGAUCGGAGACUCGGGCGUGGGGAAGACCUGUGUGCUGUUCCGCUUCUCUGACGACGCCUUCAACACAACCUUCAUCUCCACCAUAGGAAUAGACUUCAAGAUCAAAACUGUUGAAUUGCAAGGAAAGAAGAUCAAACUACAGAUCUGGGACACAGCGGGCCAGGAGCGGUUCCACACCAUCACCACCUCCUACUACAGAGGAGCCAUGGGCAUCAUGCUGGUCUACGACAUCACCAACGCCAAGAGCUUCGAAAACAUCAGCAAAUGGCUGCGCAACAUUGAUGAGCAUGCAAAUGAGGACGUUGAGAGGAUGCUGCUAGGCAACAAGUGUGACAUGGAGGACAAGAGGGUUGUACCAAAAGCCAAGGGGGAGCAGAUUGCGAGGGAGCACGGCAUUAGGUUUUUUGAGACGAGCGCUAAGGCCAACAUCAACAUCGAGAAGGCUUUCCUCACGUUAGCAGAAGACAUCCUCAGAAAGACGCCUGUAAAAGAGCCCAACAGUGAAAACGUCGACAUCAGCAGUGGAGGCGGAGUCACAGGCUGGAAGAGCAAGUGCUGCAGUUGAACAACUCCUCUGUUUCACUCACACUAACGCACACAAUCACACACACACACACACACACACACACACACACACACACACUCACAUACAUACAC